UCGAGUCUUCUUCACCGCCCCAACCAACGGAUAAAACCUUAAACCCUUCUUUUCUACUCUAUUCUGAUAAUAGAGUUUUCAUUUUUGCGUCCAUGGCUUCUGCUUUAUCAGUGAAAUCGUCAAUGGCUCUACGGCUUUUCCCAUUUUUUUUUGGCAGCGGACGCGUUUUCAUAACUCAACCGAGACCGUUCGAUGUUCUGCUGCCACGUCAGUCUCCUCGCCCUUCUAUCCUGGCUUUCUCUCGCCGCCGGAGCAACACUCCUUCAACCACUUCUUCUGUGAAGAAAAAGAAAGUAAAGAAAGAGAAGAAAGAAUUAGUGGACGAGGAUGAUUUUGAUGGAGACCCUUUCGAAGCAUUGUUCAGUCAGCUGGAAGAAGACCUUAAAAAUGAUAAUUCAGACAUGGAAGAUGAUGAUGAUUAUGAUGAGAUAAAGGAAGAAGACGUUGAUAGGCUUGCAAGUGAGUUGGCGGAAGCACUUGGGGAUUUUGAUUUGGAAGCAUUUACUUCAACUCCAGAUGAUGCUGAAGAAGAAGAAGAAGAAGAAAGGCCUGUGAAGCUUAAGAAUUGGCAGCUUCGAAGAUUGGCUGCUGCUGUCAAAGUUGGUCGCCGAAAAACUAGUAUUAAGAGUCUUGCUACAGAGCUUUGUCUUGAUAGGCAUGUGGUUCUCGAAUUGCUCCGUGAACCUCCUCCGGAGCUUCUUAUGUUGAGUGCUACUUUACCUGAUGAACCUGUCAAGAGGGAACCGGUGCUUGAAACCAAACCUGUAGAAACUGUUGCUCUAGAGACCACAGUGGGUAGCGUGAAACAUGAGCCCAAGGAGCCUAAGGUGAAAGAGCCAGUCCAUGUGAUGCAACACAGAUGGUCUGCCCAAAAGAGACUUAAGAAAGUGCAAGUUGAAACCCUUGAAAAAGUUUAUAGAAGAUCAAAGCGGCCAACUAAUGCAAUGAUUAGCAGCAUCGUGCAAGUAACAAAUUUGCCCCGAAAAAAAGUUGUAAAAUGGUUUGAGGAUAAGCGCAAUGAGGAUGGAAUUCCAGAGCAUCACCAGCCAUACCAGAGCCUGAAGCAGCAGAGAUUCUGCUCUUAUUGCACAACCUCCAAUAGAGUUGAGAAAAACAUGGCAACUUUGCAAAGGUCUGCAGUUUCGUUCAGGAGGGAAGGGUCAUCAGGUUUGGUCUGGGAUGACUUGUACGUGCUGGGGGAAGACGGCACGGUGCAUUACAGGGAUCAGCUAAGGCCAUGCCAGAGCACCAGAGCGCGCAGCAGCUCAACCACAGUGCCCAACGCUUGCCCUCGUAGCAUGUCAACCCCAGCCAUGGAUCCAUCUUCUCUCGUUAAAGUAUUUGGCAAAUUGUCUCGUGAAGAUAAACCUUUUCCUGAAGUCCCAAAGUUACCAAAAUCCAAGUCAAAAAAGCACAAAGCUUAGUCUCAGGUUAACAGAUAUUCGGCAUUUGUCGUCAUUGGGUUCUCUGCUUCCCCCUACGCAUUUUCCUUAAUUCCCCAUUUAAUUUUCUUGACAAACCAUAUUUUAUGUAUUCAUUUAGUUGAAAAAUUCUUUAACAUACCUCAAUGGUAUGACAGUAACUUCUAAGUUACCUCAAAUAUUAUAUCAUUCUUGUAA